UGUAAACUUUUAGUCACUUUUUCCUUUUCCUUUCAGAAGUAUAAGUUCAUUCGUAUCGAUGGCAGCACACCAGCAGGAGUUCGGCAGAGUUUGUGUGAUCAGUUUCAGCAAAACAAAGAGUGUUUAGUCGCUGUUUUGUCAAUCACAGCCGCGAAUACAGGUUUGACUCUUACCGAGGCCAGCGCGGUUGUGUUUGCUGAACUCUUCUGGAAUCCUGGGGCUCUUGUCCAGGCAGAGGACCGUGUGCACAGAAUCGGUCAGAAGAAUACCGUAAAUAUUCACUACCUUGUUGCCAAAAAGACUGCUGAUGAUUACCUGUGGCCGCUGAUUCAAAACAAAUUGGAAGUUCUAGGUAAAGCAGGUCUUUCAGAAGACGUGUUAGAAGCUGACUGCACGUUCUUCAAGGAUCCAAGACAACAGACGCUAUUUUCUUUUGUGGAAUCUUUCGUGGAAGAUUACACGGCUGUCAGCCCCUCAAGUGAAGCUGAAACCACGACAUCAUUGAACAAUAACUCAGACUUUGAAAUCCAUACGGAGUCUGUUGCUGUGGAAACAAGACAACCGAAAGAUGGCGGAAGUGACGCAAGAAAACGGACGAAACCCAAAGAGAGUGUUUCAAAGACCGGAAGCAAGUUUGCAGAUUUAUUAGCUGACAAGUUUGACUGGUUUGACGACUUUGGAGAUGCGGAAGAGACAAGUGAUACCGCACUAUUUGAUAUGAUAGGAAGUAAAAACGCGCGGUGUGAAUCGAAAGGAUCAGCUCUAACAGAACCCUCUGCUAAGAGACAACGGCGUUGAAAAAGACCCAUCCCUUGUUUUAGUUGUCUGGUGUUAAGAUGACAAUUUUUCUCCGUCUGAUGUGAGGCGUGUGACCGUUUAUCACCCAUGUUAAAAUAAAACGUAGUUAGACUAAAACCCGUUUUACCAAGUCUACAUUUCAAGGUACCUAUUUCUUACACGGUUGUUGUUUUGUGAUCGAAUUUACGGAUGUUAACGUCGCUUGCUUUGUGUAGAAAUCCUUGCCAACAUUUUUAAAUCUGUGCGUCGUGUUGGACGAACUCAACAACUUCAGCCAAGCCUUAGAACUCCCGGCUUGUAAAUAAAUAUUGAAAAAGCAGCAAACACAUUGUAAGCGUGUAGUAUUUAGCUCGUUGUAUAAAAUAGAAACAAAGAAGACAUACCGUAGCCACAAAUUUUACCAUUACAAAUUAAGAUUUUCGCAUUUGUCAACUAGAAGGAAAGAGAUAAAGCCAAGAAAUGAAUUCAAAGAAACAUAAUAUCUGUUACAGUGUAAUCUGUAAGGGUUUUGUUAUCUGGUACCCAUGCUCUUAUCAUCUUGUGCUGUACUUGUGCUGCCUGGUAAUGAAUAUUAUCGAUGAACGGACAGCAAAGGUAGGCCCUAAAAAUUUACAUAAUUACCUUAUUUUUAAAACAAGUAAAUAUGAAAAGUGCAUGAAGACUGUUCUUUAGUGCUAGAUCUUAUUCAUUUUCUUUGCUAAUGAGCGUAGAGUUCAUGACACAUACUUAUAUUGGCAACAGUAGUGUACCGCGAUAUCCCAUUAUUACUGCCUGCGGACAAAAAUUCGUGAACAUCGAGAUGAAAUUCUACCCUUCCAACAACUUGCGACACCUAGUUGGUCAAGUUAUCUACGUCUACAAAUUUUACAAAACAUAGAAUUGAAACAAUUUGCAAUUCUCGCGGUUUCGGUUUUCAGUGCACCAAAAAUUUAGAGGAGGAAUGACAAAUUGUACAAGGAAGUUGAGUGUCUCGCAAAUAAAUUUUCUUCUGAUCACCUUUGUGAUGAACCUUAAAAGCUGAAUUUCUUUAAGGCCCGAGAUUUGUCUCGGGUCUCCGUCCAAAGGUAUCGUCUUAAACGAUAGUGGGAUGUGUAUAGUUUGUAUAUGUUUGCCAAACAACCCAGAAAACAUUGCCGCUUUCAACUUUUAAAAAGUUGACGUUUAGUGUCCCUUCGACUCCCAGGGAUUUUGGAAAGCGUAGGCGUUUGUAUGUUACUGCUGGUACUCCCGCGGAAACAGAACUUGGGUAUUG